GUUUCACGUGUUACGUCAUAGUUUUGAUGUACACUACAAAGAUAAUGGCAGUGUUUGUGUUUCCAUUGCUGCCUGUAGUGCUGGAAAGCUCAGCUCACCGCUACCACCCUUGCGCUGACUCUGGAGCAGCGAAGACGAACACAUGCUGUCCUCCGAAACAUGUGCCAUCAGCCGACUGCUUCUUUUCACUCUGCAGGUUCGCCAUGCAGCCAGAGCUACAGCGUCAGAGGACAAUGGAUCCCCCCCCCCCCCCCCCCGGGCAUCCACGGUCGGGCAGUGGAAUAGCCUGGACUCAAACAGACAGCCUCCAGGCUAUAGGGUGCAUCCUGGUUCAUUCAAAUGUUUGAACUGAAUAAUUCAAGAAGGAUUUGUUUAAAAUAUGAAAGGCAGGAAAUAGUGGUGCUGCUCUGGAACCUCAGCUCUGGCUCCAUGCUCUGGCACGCUCUAGUGACCAAGCUCCAGCUCCGCUCUGGCUCCAGCAUCCCCAGCUCCAGCUCCGCUCUGGCUCCAGCAUCCCCAGCUCCAGCUCCGAUCCGGCUCCAGCAUCCCCAGCUCCAGCUCUGCUCCGGCUCCAGCAUCCCCAGCUCCAGCUCCGCUCUGGCUCCAGCAUCCCCAGAUCCAGCUCCGCUCCGGCUUCAGCUCCAUUCUGGCUCCAGCAUCCCCAGCUCCAGCUCCGCUCUGGCUCCAGCAUCCCCAGCUCCAGCUCCAGCAUCCCCAGCUCCACUCUGGCUCCAGCAUCCCCAGCUCCAGCUCCGCUCUGGCUCCAGCAUCUCCAGCUCUGCUCCGGCUCCAGCAUCCCCAGCUCCAGCUCCGCUCCGGUUCCAGCAUCCCCAGCUCCAGCUCCGCUCCGGCUCCAGCAUCCCCAGCUCCAGCUCCGCUCCGGCUUCAGCUCCAUUCUGGCUCCAGCAUCCCCAGUUCCGGCUCCAGCAUCCCCAGCUCCAGCUCCGCUCCGGCUCCAGCAUCCCCAGCUCCAUCUCCGCUCCGGCUCCAGCAUCCCCAGCUCCAGCUCCGCUCUGGCUCCAGCAUCUCCAGCUCCGCUCCGGCUCCAGCAUCCCCAGCUCCAGCUCCUCUCUGGCUCCAGCAUCCCCAGCUCCAGCUCCGCUCUGGCUCCAGCAUCCCCAGCUCCAGCUCCAGCAUCCCCAGCUCCAGCUCCCCUCUGGCUCCAGCAUCUCCAGCUCUGCUCCGGCUCCAGCAUCCCCAGCUCCAGCUCCGCUCCGGUUCCAGCAUCCCCAGCUCCAGCUCCGCUCCGGCUCCAGCAUCCCCAGCUCCAGCUCCGCUCCGGCUUCAGCUCCAUUCUGGCUCCAGCAUCCCCAGUUCCGGCUCCAGCAUCCCCAGCUCCAGCUCCGCUCCGGCUCCAGCAUCCCCAGCUCCAUCUCCGCUCCGGCUCCAGCAUCCCCAGCUCCAGCUCCGCUCUGGCUCCAGCAUCUCCAGCUCCGCUCCGGCUCCAGCAUCCCCAGCUCCAGCUCCUCUCUGGCUCCAGCAUCCCCAGCUCCAGCUCCGCUCCGGCUCCAGCAUCCCCAGCUCCAGCAUCCCCAUCUCCAGCUCCGCUCUGGCUCCAGCAUCCCCAGCUCCAGCUCUGCUCCGGCUCCAGCAUCCCCAGCUCCAGCUCCGCUCUGGCUCCAGCAUCCCCAGCUCCAGCUCCGCUCUGGCUCCAGCAUCCCCAUCUCCAGCUCUGCUCUGGCUCCAGCAUCCCCAGCUCCAGCUCCGCUCUGGCUCCAGCAUCCCCAGCUCCAGCUCCGCUCUGGCUCCAGCAUCCCCAUCUCCAGCUCCGCUCUGGCUCCAGCAUCCCCAGCUCCAGCUCCGCUCUGGCUCCAGCAUCCCCAGCUCCAGCUCCGCUCUGGCUCCAGCAUCUCCAGCUCCGCUCCGGCUCCAGCAUCCCCAGCGCCGCUCUGGCUCCAGCAUCCCCAGCUCCAGCGCCGCUCUGGCUCCAGCAUCCCCAGCUCCAGCUCCGCUCUGGCUCCAGCAUCCCCAGCUUCAGCUCCGCUCUGGCUCCAGCAUCUCCAGCUCCGCUCUGGCUCCAGCAUCCCCAGCUCCAGCUCAGCUCCGGCUCCAGCAUCCCCAGCUCCAGCUUUGCUCCAGCUCAGGAACUCAGCUCAGAAAACUGGCAAGCUCCACUCUGGCUCCAGGCCCCAGAACCGGCUCCAGGAAUCCGGACCUGGAGCAUGGCCAACCCUACAGCAAACCUUCAAUUUCUGCAAAAGUCAUGUACGGUCUGUGGUUACUGCAAUCCCCGUCUGUACAUAGCGGGGUUUAGGACCCAGGGGAGCCCUCUGUGGCAGGCAUGCAUUCAGUGCAUGGCUUUGCGUGCGAUAAGUCC